UUGAAGCAGGUGGGGGCUCGCCCGGUUUUCCUCUGGUUUCUUGCUGCGGCUUUUACAUUAUCUUAUUGCUCUACCUCAUCCACUUGCCAUGGACUUUGCCAAACAUUACCUCUCAGAAGUGGUCGACAGCGAUUUGUUUAUCGGAGGUGGCGUCCCUGCGCUUUACCACCAUCGCCAACUGCCCAGACCACCUCCGUCUUCCCCAAAUCCCCUGCUUUAAUCCAACGGAUCACUCGUAGGGCUUUGGUCCCCCUCUUGUUCGCUCCUUGCCACGCAUUCGAUUCUCGUGCGCAGUUGGUUUCCGAGCUUUAUUGCUUUUGGUGACGGGAGAGUGGUGAAGGAGUGUAAGUUAGGGUUUUUUCUCUCUUUAGGAUUCUGGCUCAGGAAAAAGUUUGGAUUUUGAUUUUUCUUUGCUGGGCGGAGAUCGGAAAAAGGUAAGCUUUUAAUUCGAACGAAACCUUUUUAUGAGCUUUGGAGUUCAAAGUAUGUAUCAUUUGGGGAUUUGGAGCUUGCAGAAUCUCAAGAUGAUUGAAGGUGCGUGAAUCUUGUUGAGAAAAUAAUCAUUGAUUUGCAGCAGAAAAUAUUUUCCCCUGCGGGUUCUAGAGCUUCGGAUUGGUUUUGAGUAUUCUGAUACUGUUCAUUUGAUGACAUGAAAGCUGUUUUCUUCUGAAAAAAAAUAUAUAAAAAAAUGUCUUCCUCAAAACCAUCACAUUCAUCUUCUAGCUCCAGCAAAAGCAAGCACAGUGCUGCUAGAGCAAUGGCUCAGACCACUGUGGAUGCGAAGCUUGAUUCUGAGUUCGAAGCCAUGGGUACUUCCUUCGACUACUCUCAGUCAGUGAAGGCUCCGCCCGACGGAAGAAGAUCAGGGAAGGUUGUCGCCUACCUGCAACACAUUCAAAGAGCCAAUCUAAUCCAACCAUUUGGUUGCCUGCUAGCUUUAGAUGAGAAAACUUUCAAGGUCAUAGCUUUCUCCGAGAACGCCUCAGAGAUGCUCACCAUGGUCAGCCAUGCCGUUCCCACCGUCGGCGAUCACCAAACCCUCUCCAUCGGAACUGAUGUAAAGAGCCUCUUUACUUCCCCCAGUACCGCCGCACUUCAGAAGGCUUUAGGCUUCCCAGAGGUCUCUCUGCUCAAUCCGAUUCUCGUUCACUGCAAGAGCUCUGGUAGACCGUUUUACGCUAUUGUCCAUAGGGUCACUGGCUGUCUCGUUGUAGAUUUAGAGCCGGUGAAGCCCAGCGAUGUCCCCAUGACUGCCGCAGGAGCUUUGCAGUCUUACAAGCUCGCCGCGAAGGCCAUUUCUAGGCUCCAAUCUCUGCGUGGCGGGAGCAUGAAGAAUCUCUGUAACACUGUUGUUGAAGAGGUGUUUGAGCUGACAGGGUACGAUCGAGUCAUGGCGUACAAGUUUCAUGAAGAUGAUCAUGGCGAGGUUUUCGCAGAGAUAACGAAGCCGGGCAUGGAGCCAUAUCUCGGCCUCCAUUAUCCCGCCACCGAUAUACCUCAGGCUGCGAGGUUUCUGUUCAUGAAGAACAAAGUUCGAAUGAUCUGCGAUUGCCGUGCAAAGCAUGUGCGGAUUUUUCAAGAUGACAGACUUCCUUUUGAUAUCAGUUUCUGCGGCAGCACGCUCAGGGCUCCUCACAGUUGCCAUAUACAGUACAUGGAAAACAUGAACUCCAUUGCUUCCCUGGUCAUGGCUGUGAUAGUGAACGGAAACGAGGAAGAUGCUGAUGCGGUGGAACAGAACCAUGAGGAGCAGAAAAACAAGAAGCUUUGGGGACUGGUCGUCUGCCAUAAUGAGACUCCAAGGUUCGUUCCGUUCCCGCUAAGAUAUGCCUGCGAAUUCUUAAUGCAAGUUUUCGCCAUACAUGUGAACAAAGAAUUUGAGCUUGAAAACCAGAUUAGGGAGAAGAACAUUCUGAGAACCCAGACAAUGUUGUGUGAUAUGCUGCUCAGAGAUUCUGUUCCUCUUGGAAUCAUAAAUCAGACUCCUAACAUUAUGGAUUUGGUUAAGUGUGAUGGUGCCGCUCUUGUUUACCAAAACAAAGUUUGGCGGCUUGGCGUUACCCCGACUGAGUCUCAAAUUUUUGAUCUUGCUUACUGGCUUCGUAAUUGUCACACGGAUUACACGGGGUUGAGUACUGACAGCCUGCACGAAGCUGGGUAUCCCGGUGCUUAUUCGUUCAGUGAUGUGGUUUGCGGAAUGGCGGCUGCUCGGAUUACUUCAAACGACAUGAUUUUCUGGUUCAGGUCACCUGCGGCGACUGAAAUUAAAUGGGGCGGUGAAAAGCAUGACCCAUCUGGUAAAGAUGAUGGGAGCAGAAUGCAUCCGCGAUCCUCGUUCAAGGCUUUUCUUGAGGUUGUUAAAAUGAGGAGCUUUCCAUGGAGCGACCAUGAGAUGGAUGCCAUUCAUUCCUUGCAACUUAUACUUCGAGGCACAUUCGAUGGUGCUAAUAAGGCACUGCAGAAGGGUACGCUUGAUUCUAAGAUGGACGAGCUUAAGAUGAACGAGCUUAAACUUGAAGGAAUGUUGGAGCUGCGAGUGGUUACGAAUGAGAUGGUUCGGUUGAUUGAGACGGCAACAGUGCCGAUUCUGGCGGUCGAUGUUGAUGGUCUCAUAAAUGGAUGGAACAUGAAAAUUGCAGAAGUAACCGGGCUUUCUGUUGAUGAAGCCAUGGGGAAACAUUUGCUCACCCUUGUUGAGGAUUCUUCUAUGGAUGAAGUUAGGAAGAUGCUUCUCUCGGCACUGCAGGGAAAAGAGGUUCAAAAUUUUGAAUUUCAAGUAAAAACUUUCGGCGUUCGAAGAGAUGAAGGCCCGAUCAUUCUGGUGGUGAAUGCAUGUGCCAGUAGGAACAUUCACGAUAAUGUCGUCGGAGUGUGCUUUGUAGCUCAAGAUAUUACGAGCCAUAAGAUGAUUAUGGAUAAGUUUACGAGGAUAGAAGGAGACUAUAAAGCCAUAGUGCAGAACCCAAGCUCAAUUAUUCCCCCUAUUUUUGGCGCAGACGAGUUUGGCUGGUGUUCCGAGUGGAAUCUCGCCAUGGCUAAGCUUUCAAGAUGGAGUAGAGACGAAAUAAUCGGCAAAAUGCUCUUGGGAGAGGUAUUCGGGACCAACAUGGCUUGUUGCCAUAUGAAGAACCACGAUGCAUUCGUUAAUCUUAGCAUCCUGAUAAAUAACGCCAUGAUCAGUCAUGAGAUGGAGAAGCGCUCCUUCAGUUUCAUCAGCCGUAGCGGCAAAAAUGUCGAGUGUUUGCUCUCCGUCAGCAAAAAAGUCGAUGCGGAUGGAAAUAUAACUGGUGUAUUUUGCUUUCUCCACUCGACGAGUCCUGAACUCCAGCAAGUUAUACAAACGCAGCAAAUUUCGCAUCUAACCGCAUUGAAGAAGUUGAAGGCUUUAGCGUAUAUAAGGAACGAAAUUAGAAGUCCACUCUCCGGUAUCCUAUAUUCACAAAAAUUGCUCGAAGGGACAGAGUUGGGAGACGAACAAAGGCUACUUCUGAACACAGGAACAAAAUGUCACCUUCAGCUUAAUAGGAUCCUUAAUGAUCUGGACCUAGAGAACAUAAUGGACAGUUGCUUGGAGUUGGAAAUGGACGAGUUUACUCUAAAUGAUGUGGUGGUUACUGCUGUUAGCCAAGUAAUACUUCCAAGCAAUGAAAAGGGAAUAAGUGUCGUCUACGACAUACCUAAAAUCUUAAUAAGCGAGUAUGUCUACGGAGACAGUCUGAGGCUUCAGCAAAUACUCGCCGAUUUCUUAUUGAUUUGUGUGAAGUACUGUUCGGGUGGGGGACGAGUGGAGAUCACCGCCGGGCUGACGAAGGAUAAGUUGGGUGAAUCUCUUCAGCUGAUAAACUUGGAAAUCAGGAUAACGCAUGCGGGUUUCGGCGUACCGGAGGAUUUACUUUCCCAGAUGUUUGGAGGGAAGGAAGAACUUUCAGAGGAAGGGAUGAGUCUGCUGGUUUGCAGAAAGCUUCUUAAACUCAUGAAUGGAGAUGCGCGCUAUCUGAGGGAAGCAGACAAGUCUGCUUUCAUCCUCUCAGCAGAGCUGGCUUGUGCCUCUAAGUUUAAGAGUAGGGAUACAUUGGCUUGAAGACUCUUCUACUAAUGUAAAAAUUAAAAAAAAAAAAAA